GGCGCCAGGUGCUCCAGACGUCCUCCGACGGGCGCGGGAACGGGCUGGAGGUUCGACCCCAGUUCCGUGGCAGCAUCGUGGAGGAGGAACUCGGGGAGCUCCACAGGGCUGCCAGCGAGGGGGGACGCGUACAGGAUUCGCCUCCUUCUCCUGCGUCGGAGAAGCAGAGUUAACGACAGAGACGAGGGCAACAGGACUGCUCUGCAUUUGGCCUGCACCAAUGGCCAUGUAGAAGUCGUGAAGCUCCUGAUAGAGCAGCAUUGUCAGAUCGAUGCCAUUGACAAUGUGAACAUGACACCGCUGAUGAAGGCCACACAAUAUAACCAUGAGGAGUGUGCUGCAAUCCUACUACAUCAUGGUGCUGACCCAAACCAUAUGGAUGAGAAUGGCAACAUUGCCCUUCAUUAUGCUGCCUAUAAUGAGAACCUAAAAAUAGGCAAACAACUGCUUCUGCACAAUGCAGAUAUUGAAAGAAUAAAUAAGGAUGGCUUCACACUACUUUUAAUUGCUGUCCAUGAAAAUAGAGAGAAGACGGUGGAAUUUUUAAUUGUGAACAAAGCAGAUAUUUAUGCAGUGGAUAACAUGAAUAGAACAACCCUCAUGUUAGCCCAACAGCAUAGAUCAACCAAAAUAGUCAAUCUUCUUCUGGAACAGAAGAAUGAUGUAUCUCACCAAGAUAGCCCUGGAUGUCCUGCAGAGAAGGAACAUCACCAGCUUAUUUUGGAUUAUAAAGAAAAACAAAGCUAUGAAAUGCUUGAAAAGAGAGAUCCAGAUAUGGUGUCUCCCAUUGAAUCUGAUUAUGAAGAUGUAUCUUGGGAUUCUCAGAAAAGCUUCUCUCCAUCACCAAAUGAAGAAGUUAUUGCUGUUGUCAUUUCAUGUGCUGCAAGAGAAGAAACAAAUAAAAACUCAUUAACUGAUAUUUCUGGAGUCCAUAAAGAAAAUACAAGUGGAGAAGAACAUGAAGCUAUAAAAUCUGCUUUGGAAUCUGAAGUACUGCCCUUCGUACAUGUUGAUAUUUCAGAAGAGGAAUUAGGAAAGAAGGCUGAAAACGAAAUUGACCAAGCAGCAAAAGAAUCUCAAGUUCCAAGAAGCAGAAGCACAACACCAGGAAGUUGAAAACAGUGCUGAAAAGUCAAAAGAACAUCUGACAAUCUGCAAUUCAAAGCUUGAAUGUGAAAAUUCCAAGUUAAAGGAAAUAAUCAAAAAACAAGAGGGUACAAUUGAACAUCUUCAGGAAAAUCUCACAAGACUAAUUUCAGCUUGAGUGUGAGGUUUCCAAGUUAAAAGAAACAAUCAAAAAUUAAGCAAGCACAAUUGCACACCUUCAGGAAAAUCUCACCAGACGAACUUCAUUGCAAGAAGCAAAGGCACGAUACCAAGAAGCUGUAAAAAGUGCUGAAAAGUCAAAAGAACACCUGGAAACAUAUGAUUUAAAUGACCAUGCAACAUAAUGGCCCCCUAAAAUGCACGCUUUCAGGUGAUUGACGAGGACAGAGUCCCUCAGCUGCAAAGUGACUGAAGUUUGGAAACUACGUCCAGAACUUCACAGUGUGUAUUCAGGUGGUCAUCCUUCAGGCCUGCAGGUAGACAGCAAGAGCAACAACUUCCUGAAAAAUCCCCUACUUCAUUAGAUGGAGACCGUGUCUCACCAUGGCAGUGAAAAGGUUAAAAUGUUCCAGCUUUGCAUUUAGCUAGGUCAUGGACACAUGCCAUGGCACUUGCCAGCCAAUUGUGUCAGGGGCAUCAUCUGAAUCAGAAUUACUUGCAUGAAAAAAAGGAGUUGCAGAUUCUUCCCGUGAAAGUGGAGAGGAGCAGGAGCUGCAGAACAUUGCCAGGGGUGAGUGUGCCAUGGGAUGCCAUGUGGUGGCUGGUGUCUGGGGUGCUGGUUCUGCAGAAGAUAGGGCUUAUGGGGGCUGGUGCUGUGGUGUAGCAGGUAAGGCUGCCACCUGCAGUGCCAUCAUCCCAUAUGGUCACCAGUUCAAGUCCCGGCUGCUCCCCUUCUGAUCCAGCUGUGCUAUGGCCUGAGAAAGCAGUAGAAGAUGGUCCUCGUCCUUGGACCCCUGAACCCACAUGGGAGACCUGGAAGAAGCUCCUAGCUCCUGGCUUUGGAUCAGGUCAGCUCUGGCCAUUGCAUCCAAUUGGGGAGUAAACCAGCAGAUGGAAGAUUCUCUCUCUUCCUCUCUCUCUCUCUCUCUGUGCUUCUCCUCUCUCUGUGUAACUCUGACUUUCAAGUAAAUAAAUCUUUUUUUUAAAAGAGCUUAUGCUUACGGGUAGUGGUCAUGGAAAAUGUAUGGGACAUUUUGCAGCAAGAUGUUGGAUGAAUUUUCCAACCCCUGAACCUCCUAGAGAUUAGAAUAGACUUCUAAUGCAUAACUUCCUCUUAUGCUUAAUUAGGUUUUUGUUUUGAAUUGUUUUUGAUGAAACAGCAAGGAAUUCUGAGUUAUAGACUUCCUAUUUCAGAAACAGGAAAACACUGAUGCCUGCAUUAUAAUUAAAUAAUGCCUAUCACCCUUUCUUAAGCAACAAAUGAUCACAGAUUCUCUCUUUGCUGCUAAUUAAUGAGCAUGGUGAUUCUUCCCACCGUAACCACCUUCCCACCUACACUCCCUCCCCUCUUCCUCCUUCCUCUCCUAUUGACAUGGAAUGCCUUACAUAGCUAGGCUGAACAUUUAACCCGCUUGGCCCUAGGUGUUCAUACACUUCAACUCUGUGUAAUUAUUCAUAUGCCCUUUUUAUGACCAAGCUUAUGUCAGAACAACAAAUUAUAUAUUCACCUAAUACUGAGAGUCAUCAAAUUGAUUUCUAUUUUCUUCUCUAUUAGGCAGUUCUUGAGGGGAAGAAAUAUUUAUUUUGUAUAUCAUGUAUUUAUUCAACUAAAAGACUGUCAAGAUGCUGAGUUUUAAUGUCAAAGCAAAUAUGUUUCUAGACCCCAUGAAGUUUACAGUCUGACAAGAAAGAGCAAUCUACCCAAAGAAUAUUGUUCAACAUAGUAAAUGCUGGUGUGAAGUCAGUGGAUAAAGAUGGAAGCAUUCUUAAUCUAGCACCAACUCUAAUCCCAUGAUCUCUAAUUGAGAGAAGUAAUCAGAAACACAGAACUCCAUGUUACCCAGUUAUCUCUUUGAAUUUCUGCUUAAAAAAUAAAACAUAUCAAACAACACACAAAUACCUAGGAGUGCAUAAUAUUUAUAUACUAUCCUGAUAUUCAAAAUAAGAAAAAAUAACCAUGAAAUAAUAGCAAUUUUGAAUCUCCUUUGUUUUCUAGACAAGUUAUAAUCCUAUGUGGUUCUUUACAGUAAAUUAUUACAGUAAAUUACAGCACAUCAUUACAGUGAAUUAUUACAGUAAAUAACUGCAGUAAAUUAUUUUUGUAGGUACUCUUCAUCUCUCUCACAUUUUUCCCUUUGAGAAAUCAGAUUUUAAAAACUGAGACCCAAGACAAAAGAAAGAUUUUUAAGCUAGUGUUGUAUGUUGAUUGGCUCUCUAAAAAAGAUUUAUUUAUUUAUUUGAAAGUCAGAAUUACACAGAGUAGAAGGGGACAGAGAGAGAGAGAGAGAGAGAGAGAGAGAGAGAGAUCUUCCAACUUUUGGUUCACUCACCAAUUGGUCAUAAUGGCUGGAGCUCUACUGAUCUGAUGCCAGCAGCCAGGAACUUCUUCUGGGUCUCCCACACAGGUGCAGCUGCCCAAGGACUUGGGCCAUCUUCCACCACUUUCCCUGGCCAUAGCAGAGAGUUGGAGAGUAGCCGGGACUCAACCUCCACCCAUAUGGAAUGUCAAUGCUGGCAGUAGCUUUACCUGCUAUGCCACAGUGCUGGCCCCUUGAUUGGCCUUUAACUUAGACUUUUUAAUGAUAUUAAAAAACACCAUGUUUUUCUAAGCUCUUUCCAUUCAGUUUCUACUUUGUAAACUCCAGAUAAUACUGUCCCCAGAAUUAAUCUAAGGUAUAAAUGAUAUGAUAUAAGGCAUUUAACCCCAUAACCUGUCUCCUUGAAUACUCAGCUAUGUUAACUCUGUGUCCAUUCUUCUGUCUCUGUACUAGAUGAAUAAAAAGACAGUGUAAAAUGAUUGGAUAAGAACUAUAAGGGGUCGGCACUGUGGUGCUGCUGCAAAUUGGGGAGUGAACCAGCAGAUGCAAAACCUCUCUCUCUCUCUCUCUCUGCCUCUCCUUCUCUGUAACUCUGACUUCCAAAUAAAUAAAUAAAUCUUAAAAGAACUAUAAACAUCAAUAAAACACAAAUGAAAAUUGUAUUCUCAAAACUGGAUAUUAAACCAUGCCUUCUACACCUCUGUUAAGUUACAUUCUAUCAUAGUCCUUUAUGAUUUCUAGGGCCAAAGUAGUAAAUAAGAUUUUUCUGGAAGAGACAGAGGUUAUGAGGGAGCCAGGAUUUGGGGUCAGUUAGCAGCAGUGAGUGUCACUCUUUCAGAUUUGAUUCAGGAAAGGAAGAACAACUGAUCCCUGAGAUUUUGGGGUGGGAAGGAAAGGAAGGAGGGACUGAACAAAAGCAAAUGCCCUCUGGUUGUGGGCACCCACCCCCGACUGCAGCCUUUGGUGGGGCUAGCUGGUGUCUCCAGGGAUGCUGCGGCCUGGACUCCAUUUCCCAGAGUCCCGAGGAGCUCUGACCUAUUCUGCCUUCCAAAUGCCUGUGUGCAUGCACGUGCUACUACCAGUCCCUGGGGCUCUGAGUUGGACCAGAAGGAGUUCAUUCCCUGAUCAGGGUCAGCCCUGGGGGCUGUGCUGCUCCUUCUCUGGCAUUUACUGCAUCUCCUUCUCUGCAGGUGCGAUCCCAGGCAGUUUCCAAGUGCUCACCCUGAGCCUGCCUCCUGCUGCUUCUUCCCUCUUCAUCCUCCACCUGUGGAUCCCACGUACCAGGGACUUAACCGCACUCCCUGCUUCACUCCCUGUGUGUCCAGGAAGAAAGGGUACCUGCUCCAGGGACUUUCUGCUGCAGGUUUGGUGUGCAGGAAGGGGCGGGGAUGUGUGUGGGAGAAGGGUGAGCGCCAGGGCACCAGCGAUCAUGGCAGCUUCCCCGAGGUCAGGGCUGGGACCCGGGCUGUUCUGUCUCUCACCUCUGCUUCCCAGGCUCCCAGCGCCCAGACUCUCUCCUGCAGAACCUUACCCAAACUGUCCCUAAUGUGCUUUAUUUAGUGGUUACAGGAGAGAGAGGGCAGCAUUCUGCGAACCUGCACACGCAGGGAAAAAGGCGGGAAGACUCCCACUCUCCACGGUUAAAUAAGCCGGGUUCCCACUGUGGGUGGUCUCAGAAUGCAGUCUGGCAGGGCCUCUUGAUGUUUUCUGGGCUGGUUCCUGCAGGGUGGGGCUGGAUCCCUUCAGCAGGGAGCCUGGGCAGCAGAGGGGUGGGAAGGAGGAUCUGACUAGGAUCUGCCCCACUGCUCUCAUCCUGCACCUCAUCUUCCUGGUGGGGAGCAGUGUGAAGCGUGAAUAGCUGCUUUGUGCAUUGAUCCCUCUCAAGUAUUAAUUAUCAGACUUUUCCAAUGUGGAAUUUGAAGCUGUUCCAGAAACCUGGGGUGGGAAAACUCCCUUCUUUCAAACAGGCACAGAGCCAGUGGAGGAUCCAAGGAGUUUCUAUUAAUGGCCCUAGGCUCAGCUGGAAUGAUUUCCUGAGAAUUGAGCAUCAAAUUCAAGUUUCUUAGCUGUUACAGCAUUGGUGGGUUUAAAUGGCAGCCUACAUGACUUAGGACCACAUUUCCAAUGGUUAGUGGGUCCAGUAUGUUUGUAAAAGAGAUGCCAGGGACAGAUUUAUUAGGGCAGAUUUAUGACUGGAGUUUACAGAAGCAGAACUUAGGACAUCUUCCCCCCCCAGACAAGAUUUCAGUGGGCAGCUGUUUCACUCAUUAAUUGUGAGCAUCCACUUUUAAAGGUUUGUGUUGGAUGGGGUCCACUUCUCUUUCUUUGAUGAUGUAUUUGGCUGCUUUUCAUAUUCUGUCUUCAGCUAUUUCUUCUCCUGUUAGCAAGGCUGUCAACUGUUUUGACCUGCCACUGAUCCCUUUGCAAAGUGAGAAGGGAACUAAAAUUAAUGCAAGUCUACUGUGUUGUCAAUAACUGAAGCUACUUUUUUUAAAGAUUUAUUUAUUCAUUCGAAAGAGUUACACAGAGAGAGGAGAGAGAGGGAGAGGGAGAGGGAGAGGGAGAGGGAGAGGGAGAGAGAGAGAGAGAGAGAGAGAGAGAGAGAAAGUCAUCUUCCAUCCGAUGGUUCACUGCCCAAUUGGCAGCAACAGCUGGAGCUGUGCCAGUCUGAAGCCAGUAGCCAGGAGCUUCUUCUGAGAUGAAGCUGUUUUAAAAAAUAAUUAUUGAUUUAUUUAUUUGAAAGGCAGAGUUACAGAGUGGCAGAAGCAAAGACAGAUGGCCAGAGCUGUUUCGAUCCAAAACCAGAAGCCAGGAGCUUUGUCCAGGUCUCAUAGGUGGGUGCGGGAGAUGAGGGAUUUGGGCCAUCUUCUACUGUUUUCCCAGGCCACAGCAGAGAGCUGGAUGGGAAGUGCAGCAGCCAGGUUCCCAACCGGCACCCAUAUAGCAUGCUGACACUGCAGGCAGUAGCUUUACCCACUAUGCAGCAGUGCUGCCCACUACUUGGAGCUCUUUUAAUCUGAGUUUGCAUAAAGUGGAGAAUUACAGCAUCAUAAAUACAGAUAAGUUACAGUUUUUCUCUGCCCAGUAUUUUGCAGUUACCCAGUGAUCCACUGAGAAUCUUACAUUCCACACUGUGUAAUUAAGAAGGCCAGUUACUUGUCUUAUUUUGGGUUCUGUGUUUAAACCCAUGACAUUUUUGACAUGGGAGGAUAUUAGUUCUACAGUUUCAUAGAGACUGGUCUGUGGAAGCAUCAAGAAGUUAUAACUGUGAGAGUGGUAAGAAAGAAGAGGGGAAGAAAUAAGUGCCCCUUACCCCCCACAGAGAUGUUCACAAGUGGAGUAGAAGAUGUGCCCUUGAAACCUAUGGCUGACUUUCUGGAACAAACUGUGUUUGAGUGCUUCACAUGUUCUGAUAGAACGGUGUUGCCACCAGGUUAUUAGUAUAUUUAGUUAGUUAGUUUUUAAAGAUUUAUUUAUUUAUUUGAAAAUCAGAGUUACACAGAGAGAGAAGGAGAGGGAGAGAGGGAGAGAGAGAGAGAGAGAGAGAGAGAGAGAGAGAGAGGUCUUCCAUCAGGUUCACUUCCCCAAUGGCUUCAUCAUUGUGAACUUUGCUCAGUUCCUGACCUAUACCUUUGCUUUAACCUAGUACUUUGCCAUGUAGUAGCCCAUGAAAACUGAAGACUGCAUAAAUGAAUGAAUACUUGGAGGGUUGUGAUUUCUUAGAGGAACAUCAUGAGACAGAAGGAAUAAAACAAAACAAAAGUAUCCUCAGUAUAUAGAAGGUAUACUGUUUUUGCAAGCCACAGAGAAGAGGAAGAAGGAAAGUAGUGAGACUGGAAAGUUUGUGGCAAAGGUGCCUGUUUGGAAACUGAGAUAUCCUUGAAGUCUCAAGAUAGAGUACAACUGAUCUUAUCCAAGCCUCCUUUAUCACAUGAGGAUGCUAAAUGCCAAGGCCCAGAGAAGUAAAGUGAAUUGUUGAAGGUCACAUAGGUAAGUUGUAGCAGGGAUAAUUCUGUAUUCGCAUUAGGUAUCCUGAUACAUAGGCCACUGUUCUGUCAAUUUCGUACUCCUUCUGGAGUUAAAGAUUCUAAGUUGUGGAAAAAUAAGUUUGGAAAUUUAGUGGUUGCUAUGUUGUUAUGGUGAGAAAUUUCUGUGUAUAGCUAUGAGUUGCUUAAAUUUUAUUCAAUAUAUUUUUCUAGUAUGUUUGCUAUUUAUUUGAAAUGUAUAACAAAUAGCUUCAUCUAUUUGCCAAAAGAAUUUUUUAAAGAUUUGUUUAUAUUAUUUGAAAGUCAGAAUUACACACAGAGAGAAGGAGAGGCAGAGAGAGUGGUCUUCCAUUCACUGGUUCACUCCACAGUUGGCCUCCAUGGCUGGAGCUGUGCCGACUGGAAGGCAGGAGCCAGGAGCCUCUUCCUGGUCUCCUAUGUUGGUGCAGGGGCCCAAGGACUUGGACCAUUUUAUAGUGCUUUCCCAGGCCAUAGCAGAGAGCUGGAUAGGAAGUGGAGCAGCCAGGUCUUGAACUGAUGCCCCUAUGGAAUACCAGCACUGCAGGUGGCAGCCUCACCCACUAUGUCACAGUGCCAGCCCUUGCCAAAAGAAUUUAUAGAAACCAUUACAUAAAUACACUUAACAAUCAUUUAGUUACUUGACAUGAACUAUCCCUGCAUAUUUGAAAAUUUUGAAUGGUAUCACUUGGGUUUUAAGAAUGUUAUAUUUUAGGUCUCUUAAUAUUUUUAGUGAUGAUGUUUUAAAGGCCCUUUCUGUUUUAUGAAAAAUGAUAGGGAUUUUGUUUUACAAUGGCCAUAGUAUUACCACUUAAAGCAAUAGAUUAAAUAACACUUUUAAACAAAGUCAUUUAAUACUGAAUUCUAACACACUGGUAUAUUUUAAAGUGAGAAUCUGGAUUUCUUUCAGAUAUUCUAAAUAAGAAUGAUAAUCAAAAUUGAAGACAUCUACAGUUUUUAAUCACUUGUUUUAAAUACUGGUCAUAAUGGUCCAAUUUAGAGUUUUAAUUUUAAUUAGCUUUUAAAAGAUUCAAUAUGGUUUAUAGAAAAAAUUCAGAGAACAUAAUUAUAUACUCAACCUCCCUCCCUUCUUUUUCCUUCUUGUCAUUUUUUAGCUUAUGAAAUGACAUUUUCAGUUUACGUUACAUUAAAAAGGGUUGCUGAAUCAAGGUACAAGUUUAACAGGUAAAAAGCAAAAAGAUCCUAAUUUAGAGGGAAUACAGACAAUGGCUCUAAACAAUAUUUGAAUAUCACAUCUAAACAAUAUUUGAAGAAAUUGAUAAAAUAAAUAUUUUAAUUUCUCCUACUAAAGUGCUCAGAGAAAGUCUUUCAUUAUUUAUCAAAUAUUAGUGCAAAAAUAUGGAUUUAAAUGAUCCCAAAAAGUGAUGAAUUUUUGUGUAAUAAAGUCCAAUUUUUGUCAAGGCUUUUUGACAGUCUCACAGAAAACUUAUGUUUGUGAAUGGGAAGAAUAAUAUCAAAAUGUCCAUACUACCAAAAGCAAUUUGCAAAUUCAAUGCAAUCCCAAUCAACAUACCAACGAUGUUCUCAGAGCUAGAAAAAAUGAUGCUAAAAUUCAUAUAGAAACAUGAGAGAUGCUUAACAUCUAAAGAAAUAUUAUAAAGCAAAAAAAAGCUGGAGACAUCACACCAUAUUUUAAGACAUAUUACAGGGGUCAGCACUAUGACAAAGCAGGUAGUCACUGUCUGCAGUGCCAGCAUCUCAUAUGGGUGCCAGUAUGUUUCCCAGCUGUUCCACUUCUUAUACCCCUCUCUGGUAUAGCCUGAGAAAAAAGUAGAAAAUGGCCAAAGUCUUUGGGCCCCUGCAUAGAGACCUGGAAGAAGCUCCUGACACUUGGAUUCAGAUCAACACAGCUCCGGCCAUUGUGGCCAUUUGGGGAGUAAACCAGUGGAUGGAAGACCUCUCUCUCUCUGCCUCUACCUCUCUGUGACUCCACCUUUCAAAUAAAUAAAUAAACUGCAAAAAAAAAAAAAAAACCAAAAAGAAGAAGUGUUAGUACUGACAGAAUAACAGACACAUAGUUCAUGGAAAAGAAUAGGUAGCAUAGAAAUAAACCCAAAUUUCUACCAGCAACUCAUAUUUAACAAAGGAACUAAAAUGAACUGGAGAAAGAAGAAUCUCUUUCACAAGUGGUGCAGAGGAACUUGAUGAUCCAAAUGUAGAAGCCUGAAAAUAGACUCCAACAUCUCUUACACUAUGUGAAAGUGAACUCACAGUGAAUUAAAAAUCUAAUCAUAAGACCCAAACCCAAGUAAACAUAGGGAAACUCUAAAUAUUGUCAACAGACAAUAGCUUUUGGGUAAGAUUCCAAUAGCAAUAGUCACAAAAAUAAAAACAGAGACAUUUGAGUAUAUCAAACUAAGAUACUUUUUCACAACAAAGUAAACAUCAGAGUGUAGAUACAAUGAACAGAAUGGCAGGACAAAUUAAAACUCUGAAUGUUUACAGAUUUCCAGAACAUUUACAUGAAUUGGAAAAACUCCAAAAGAUACAGUGAAGAAACAGGCAAGGACCUGAAUAGACAUUUCUCAGAAGAAAUGUAAAUGGUCAAAACAUGUGAAUAUGCCCGAUGUCACUAGCCAUUAUGUAAAUAUAAAUCAGAACACCAUAUCAGUCUCCAACACCUGUGGGAGAAUACAACACUCAGGUGUUUGUGUGUGCAGCAAGUGGGUUUAGAGGACCCUGUUCACCUCUGGAGAGCAGAGUCUACAGGGAGGGAAGAAACCUUACUGCUUUCCUAAUGGGCUUAUUAAGUUCUUGACCAGUGCCUGUUAGUCUUGCCACAAACUUUCUAGUCUCACUACUUUCCUUCUUCUUCCUCUUCUCUGUGACUUGUAAAAUAGUAUAUAUCCUAUAUACUGUGGAUACUUUUGAUUUAUUUUAUUCCUUCGGUCUCCUAUGAAGUUCCUCCACAAAAGCGCAGCCCUCAAAAUAUUUUCAUUUAUGCAGUCUGCAGAUUUCAUGAGCUACUAAAUUCCAAGUAGUAUGUUAAAGGCAAGAUCUAGGCCUAAGAGAAAAGUGGUCUGAAUUCUGUGCCUAGAAGAGGAUUUGGGACAUAGUAGAACUUCAGUGAAGUGCUAUGUGAAUGACAUGCACUCAGUAAAUGAGUAAUCUAAAGCAUACACUGCAUUUAAGCAACACAGCAGCCCUACUCACCUCAGGUAGAGCAAUUGAGAGGAAUAAUGUGAACAAAAAUAAGACAUCAAUAAGUUGAAUAAUAACAGAGAAAAAACAAAAUGAGAUAGAUGCCAACAUUACUGACCUAUUUUUGAGGAAUUAAAUUGAUAGAGGGGCUGGCAUUGUGGCUAAGUGGGGUAAGCUGCAAUCUGUGAGGCCAGCAUAUCAUGUGAAUUCCACUUUGAGUUUAGGAAUCUCCACUUCCAAUUUAGCUCACUGCUAAACACCUGGGAAACCAGCAGAAGAUGGACGAAGGACUUGGGUCCUUGCCACUCACGUGGGAGACUUGGAUGAAGCUCCUGACUGCAGCAUGCCCCAGACUCAACUGUUGAAACUCUCUGGGGUGUGAGCCAGCAGAUGAAAGCUAUCUCUGUCUUUCCCUCUCUCUCUAAAUCCACCUUUCAAAUAAACAAAGAUUUAAUAAACAAAUUAACUGAUUUCAAAAUACACAAAAACAUGAACAAUACUAUAUCAUCUUUAUGCCAAAAUGAUAAAAAAUAACAAAUGCUAGAGAGCAUAUGGGAAAAGAAAACCUUCAUAUAUGGUGGGUGAAAACACAAAUUAGUACAGAUGUUAUGCAGAACAGUAUGGUCAUUCUUUAAAAAGGAUAAAAAUUGGGGCCGGCACUGUUGUGCAGUGAGUUAAAGCCCUGGCCUGAAGGGCCAGCAUCCCAUUUGGGUGCCAGUUCUAGUUCCAGUUGCUCUUCUUCCAAUCCAGCUCUCUGCUAUCUCCUGGGAUAGCAGUAGAAGAUGGCCCAAGUCUUGGGCCCAUGCACCCAUGUGGGAGACCCAGAGGAAGCUCCUGUCUCCAGGCUUCAGAAUGGCAUAGCUCUGGCCUUUGUAGUCAUCUGUAGAGUGAACCAGCUAAUGGAGGACCUCUCUGUGUCUCUAACUCUAUUGUAACUCUUUCAAAUAAAUAACAAAAAUUUAAAAUAAAGAUAAAAAUUGACCUACCAUUUGAGAGUUAUCUUGCUCUUGGCUAUAUAGAAUAAGGAAAUUUUAUUAGAAGGAAAGGAGAAGAGCAUAUCAAAGAUACAGCAAUUUUCCCAUAACACAGCCACUAUAACACAGUUCACUGCAGCCAGGAUUUGAAACCAAUCUAGCUGUCCAUCAAUGAAAAAAACGGACAGGGGAACUUCAUUUAGAUACAAAAAAGAACAAAAAUAUUAUUAAAUUAAUUGAAAUAAGUCAGAAGCAGGAACACAAAUGUCACCUGGCCCUUGUCACAUGUGGAAGUGAAAGAAAAUAAUGGAUCUGAACAGAGAACUGUGGUUGUUAGAGGCUGAGAAGGGAAGCAGCUAGGGAUAGAGGGGGAUUAGAUAAUAGGUAACAAAAUACAAAGAGGCAGAAAGAACUUCUGGCGUUCCAUAAUAUAAUGAGAUGACUACAUUCAACCAUAUUAGGUUCUGUGUAAAGAACUGAAGGAGAGGAGCUGGUAGUCUCAAAUCAUGGAGAAGAAUUAGAAACUGUAGUUGCUUGGGGGCCAGCAUUGUGGCACAGUGGGCUAACGGCCUGGCCUGAAGCACCAGCAUCCCAUGUGUGUACCAGUUCUACUCCUGGCUGCUCCUCUUCUGAUCCAACUCUCUGCUAUGGCCUGGGAAAGCAGUAGAAGAUGGCCGAAGUCCUUGGGUCCCUGCACCCAAGUGGAAGAUCUGGAAGAAGCUCCUGGUUCCUGGCACCAGAUUGGCAGAGCUCCGGCCAUUGCGGCCAUCUGGGGAGUGAACCAGCAGAGGAAGACCUCUCUCUCUCUCUGCUGCUACUUCUCUCUGUAACUCUGUCUUUCAAAUAAAUAAAUCUUUAAAAAAUUAAUAAAACUGUAGUUGCUUAGCUUGAUCAGUUUUUACUGCAUAAAUGUGUGCAAAUAUUGCACUACACCCUGUAAUAAUGCAUGACUAGUACACAUUAAUCACAAAUUAUUUAAAUGAAAUUUUAAAAAUUAGAAGCAUUUCUUUAUAUUAACAAUGAACUAUUUGAAAAUGAAAUUAGAAAAACAUUUCCAUGCAUAGCAGCAUAACAACCAGGAACCAA